GACCAGGGCGGCUGUGCCGAGAGAGCUCGUCACUGGCCCGCGCGCAGUUGGCCCUGGGGCGCGGAGUGCCCAGCUGCGCAGCCAGCGCGGCGACUCAGACAGUGGUCGGGGGUCUCCAAGCGAAGAUGGUUCUGGCUGCAUGGACAAGCAGGCGCGACCGCACCACGUCGACCUGUGCUGGGGGCCAGGCGCCCACGACGAGUGCGAGCGCCGUUCUCGCGAGCAGGCUAUCAAGGGCGAUCGAUGGCGCCGCGCCGAUUGGGAUCUGGACUCUGUCAGACGCGCGGCGCGCCCUGCCUUGAUUCCCGUGGCCUCUCGCGGCGACGGUUGCCGCUGCGGUGGAGCGGCUGCGGCCUGCCCCGCGCCCGCUCAGAUGAGUGGGCUUCAGGGGCGUAGCGAUGGCGAUGACCGAGCGCGCUCGGCCCCGAUUCGGAACGCAGCGACGGUGGAUUCAGGGGCGCAGCGCAGCGCCUUGCCCCGAAAGCAAGCGGAGAAGCACAACUGCGCGUCGAAGGACAGCCAUUUGGUGGGCCUGACGUGGGCACUCGGGGCUCAACGUAUCCCGAGGCAACCCCAGAUGGAGCUGCAGAUGCUGACGUGGAACACCCCGGGCCGAGUGCAGCAGAAAGGGCAGUUCAUGAAGGACAUCAUCUACAUUUUCUUCCGCGGAGUUCCAGGCGAGAAGAAGGCAUGUUCCGACUUCUUCCGCGUAGGUGCAUGCGACUUGGCAACGAUGCGCAAGCUUCAAGGAUGCUUCCACAGCAUUGGGCAAGAGUUGAUAAUGACGGAAACAGAUGUUGAGAAGUCGGUCCCAGUGUUCGGCGCGAUCGACUGCGAGGUCCUAGCUCAGGCGGCGCUCUACGCCGACAAGGAGCUUAACGAUGACAUGUCUGGUCUUCUUCAGAGGGUGUUGGUGAGCUGGGGUCAAGCGACGGUAAUGCUGCAGACGGGCUCCGAGCUUGCGACGAUGGCCUCGGCGA